GCAACGUUUCCUUCGAGAACAGAACUGUAAGUGCUGGGUACCGGAAUUUAAUCAAACAUGCUUAGAUAAACUGCCUGUAUUUUUAUGAUAUACUCAUGGAGAUACAGCCGUUCCCGUGCUGUGAGUAUGUUCCUGGUUUAUGGCGAAGCGAGUAACACAACUGAAUGAUCAGUUGCAAUUGGACUUUCAAGUCUGUGCCAACACAUAUUUUAAAGGGCAACAAUGCACCCCCACUGUAAUUUGGACUUGAAUGAUAUCCGCUGACCAUGCAAGGCCCAUAAUCGUCGGUAGUGUUUUACUGGGGUGAUAAUUCGGCCGGGCCGAGCUCACAAUAAUUGUUUUCUUUUUUGGCUUUUCUUCGGCGGCAUAUCGCAUUGUAUUAUCAAGGCACGCCGCCACUAUCAAGGCAGGCAUUAUUACGUGUACCGGACCCAGAACGUACGCAUAACAUGAAGUGGGGAAGGUUAUGAAAUGAUGGGUAUUGCUUGAAAGAACCAAACAGCGAGAAGUUUGAAUAACGGAAAGGAAAGGAGUGGGUGGAUUGAUGAGAUGGCAGGUAUGAGUGUAGAGGAAUACUUUGGAGUGGGAGGAUAUACAGCCUACCGGAUGAUUCGGGACAGAAGCUUACUUGAUUGUGUCGUCUGCCUUGACUGUACCCCCCGAAGAAGGAUCGUCCCAUAGUCAACGUCUUAACCUUUCACUCACAUCAAUUUCAUCGACAACAUCAACAUCAAACACAUGAUGACAGUUUACAUCGUGUACAUGCACCGAUGACGGUUGGCAUACAUAAUGCUUCUACAUCACUUCCUCUUCAAGAUAUGUCAUGGGGUCAUCCAAAAGCACAAAAGACAGCAGGAUCCGCCUUGAUAGUUUCGAAUGCCAUCAUAACGAACAGUGUUCUCUUUCAAGGAAAUCAACUUAGAAACAGCAAUCCACUUCAUCCCUCAGUGUUACAGUUUCCUUGACUGAACCAUGCCCAAAGCCCCACCAGAGGAUCACAGGCCUAUCAGAGCUUGUCUCUCGGCCCCCUAUCCUCUCCCAUUCAUCAUCACCACCCGCCACUCUGCCAGCCCUACUCCUUUAGGGAAGGCCCAGCAUCCUUCCGCUUUUGAGAAUACCCCGUUUUCUACUACUUGCGGGCCUUCAGGAGUCCGACUUCCUACGGAAGCACCCCCUCCGAUUUCUCCUCCGAAAGAACCUGCGAACAACUUCUUCUGCUAUGAUUUCCCUACUGUUAACCUUGAUUGGAAGGAUAUCGAGCCUCCAUAUCCUCCUAUUCCAUACCCUCCUCGUGAUAGCGAAGAGAUCAUCAGAAAGCGGGCACGUAGGCUCAGGCUUCUCAAGGAAGUGAAGGGCAAUUCCGAGUCCAGCGAAUGGGACAUCAUAACCAGAUCUGGUGGCUCCUAUGUGGGCAAAGACAAGGGAACAGUUGAAGAUCUUGAUGAAGAGAUGCAGAUGCUCAAGACCAUAAACGAAAUAGCCAUGGUUCCUGUGGGAGGUGGGGAUAACGUGGGCAUUAAUGGACCUUAUGACACAUCUAGUGGCAGGAACAAUCUCCUUAGGUAUGCUUUCCUAGCAACGGUCACCAAGGACGAUUCAGUAUCACCUCCUUCCAAGGGCUCGCGAACAGCUACUCAGGCCUAUCCGGUCCCUAAUACUACCCCUGAGGACCCUAAGACUAAUGGAGGCCCCAACCUCAUCCCCGUCUCCGUCCCCAGCAAAGCACAAUCACUUUUGCCUGAUGCGGACCAUGACUUGUAUGCAGAAAAGUCAAUGCAAAAAGGUCCUGGUUGGGAUGUAAUCUCGGCAGCAUCGAGCUUCUGUAAUGAAGAGAGCAAAGCAGAGGAGGCGGACGAAGAAUGUUAUGAUGAAUCCCCUACUUCCGCUCGCCUCGUUACCCCUGCUGCUGCUUUGCGUAGGAUUCGUCGUCCACGUAAAGUCGCCAAAGCACUCUCUCUUGGACUGACCAAUCAAUCGCCCUCCACAUAUUUCCCUCCUCCCAAAUUGCUACAUCAAGCGCAGCAGUCUUCUAUCGGAGAUAGCGAUAUUACUAGUCGGCCAGCGCCACAUGCUCUGUUUGAUGCAAUGGGGGGGUACGGGUCGGAAUCUGGUAGCACGAGGACCGUUACCCAGAUCAAAAGGGGCAGAUGGAGCCGUAUGGGGAGAAGAACAGAUGAUCUGGAUAUGAUGAAUCAUGGAGUGACAACUGUGUUAAGUUCCUCUGGACAAGCUUACUUGGUUCAGCCAACCCAUCAACCCCGCUCUCUAGACCUCUCAACACCCACAUUCAACCCAACAAACCAGCUUGAACCCUCCUCAGCCCUCCAGCUAGGGGAUGCGCAACAGUCUAUGCUAGGAUUUGAGCGUUUUUCAUUCGGCCCCCUUGCACCUUUGCACCAUCCUUCUAAGUUCCUGUCUGGACCUUCUUUUUCAUCGGCCGAGAAGCGUUCCAAUCGACGUCUCUCGCCAAACGAGCAGGAGCAAUGGUCUUCACUGCAGCCCAUAUCUAUUGACCCCCGCACCGCUGAGGCUUCUGGCGGUACCAGCUGGCCACAUCCUCUUCCUGAGAGGGAGCAAGCACCCUCAAACGGGGGUACUUUAAGGCUGGCGUCUCUGGCUCCAGAGGGACAGGUGGAUGUUCCCAUGCCGACUGCUUCGACAGCUGCUCAGGGUAUCAGCUUUGGUAAAACGUGUCAUAACUUUUUGUUUCGGCGAAAAGAGGCCGCGAGAAGAAAGAAGGAAAGGAUGAGAAAGAUGGGGAAGGAUAAAGACAAAGAUAAGAGAUUGAGACUUCUGAUGCCUCCUCCCCCAGUCUCUAUGCAGUUCCAACAGACGCAUGCUCAGCAAGAAGCCUUAAUGCGACAGCAGCAGGGCUACACACAGAAUUUCCAAUGGUUCAACGCACAGCCAAUAUGGGAUGGAAACUCUCAACAAUUCAUGCAGCAACUUCCUCCUCAGACACAAAUCCCACAAGGUUAUCUCCAUAUUCAACCCAACUGGAUGCCUGUACAGCAAAUGCUGAUGCAACCGGUACGACAAUCCCAACAACUUCAAUACUUCCCCUACCAACGGACAAUUAAGGGUCAAACGUUGCAAGGCUACCCCCAAACUCUCGGUCAGAUUUCUGUUCCUAUUCGCUCCCUGGCAACCUCUCAAGAAGGCAGGCCACUCCGCAAGCGUCGACGCUCUUUAUCCCCGUCCUCCGCUUAUGAUUUUCUACCCAUUCAUCGUCCCUCUUUUCAAGUGCCCGGAGCUCCCCAAGCUCACAAUACACUUCUUCCUCCUUUGAAAAUAAUUUCUCGAUUGGCUGGCCCCAGUUCGAAACUGACGAGGGCAACAAAGCAUGAUGAUGAGCAAGAGAAUGGUGGUGAAUUAUGGGACGCUGCUCUGCAGAAUGGCGAUGAGAGCAUGGAUGAAGAAGAGAGGAAGAGAAUGAGAAGGGACAAGUGGGUGGAAGAAGAGAGAGACAGAAUGAGAGCGAUGAACAGGGAGAAAUCAGCUUUUAAUUGAAAUCAUUUUGUAGACCAAUUAAGAAUAAAGAGAGUGGAGGCAAAGUCAGAUUCAUAAUGUGUGUAAAUAUGUUAUCUACGGAAAUGAAAUAUGAAGGCCUGUAAUAAUCAUUACAUGGCAAGGCGUAUAGAUGGGGGAUAAAUCCGUGUGCAACUGAUUCGACAGAGCAGGAACAGCAAUGAUUGGAUAAUUGAGUAAUUGUAUUAGGAAGUCCAAAAAAAAGAGUUGGUAAAUAAGGGAUAGAGCACUGUUCCU